UCCGGCUGCAUUCGCGCAAUGUUCGCUGCAGGCAAAGGACGCGAGUGGGAAACUCCGAGGAAAAUAUAUACCGCUAGCCUCCCGCCUCCCUAUUGCGUGUACGUGUGCCAAAGGGGCGUGUGCCUGCGCUAGUGUGUGUGUGUGCCAGGGGGAAUCGGAAAUGUAGUAUCCCACUUGGGCGCCCAAGGAGUACAUGCAAAAUACUACGAGUUGAAGAAGUGCCUUUAUAGUUUACCGAUUUUCCUGACAAUACCGCGCCCAAUAUUAGUUUAGUCGUCCUCGGCCAACGGAUUUAAGCUACCAGUCUACUCAACUACCAGAAACACAAGGCUCAGGGCCAAUAAAAUGUGUGUUUCACAUAAAAUUACAUAAAUUUGCGCUUAAAGUGCCCCAUAUGAAAAUCAUUCUAUUUAAUAAUGAAAAACUGUUGCAGACAGCGCCUUAACUAAAGAAAUGGUUGCAACCCUGAACAGUUUCCUUUGAGAUUUGAGAAGAACACGGAAUGCGCCAAAAAAAUCUGCAACUGAGUACGAAGUUCACCUUCACCCGCCGUGAACGACAUGCAAGCAUAUGAAAAAUCGAUACUAGAAGCAUCACCAGUUGGCCGCUCCCACUUGUCCACGAAAGUCCGCAGCACCAAGGGGGCCAAGGUAUAGGCCCAGACCUUAGACAGCUCAAGAGGAGUCCGGGACAUGGUGGAUGCCAAGCCGCAGCCACCCGCUCCGGGAGCGAUGCCGGGAACUGGAACGCCGCCGGCUGGCUUCGCCGGCGAGCGGUCGAAAAUCAAACUUUUCAUGGAGCGGACGCCCAGCAUCGGGGCCCUCAAGUCCAAGUUUCUCACAGUGCUGGGCAACAGCAACGAACUGCUCAACGGAAUAUCGAACAAGCUGACCUUGAGUAGCAGCAGCAGCGACUCCGACUACUGCGAUGACGACGAGGACAUACCCAAAUUUGACGAGACCAUUGAUUACACCAAGAUCGACUUCGAAGGGCGCCGUGUGAAAGCUCGACGCGCUCACGAAGAGAUCAUCUCCGGACGAUACCGUCAGCCCAAUUUGGCGCCACGUCCUCGGUUGGAACCAUCGCGUGGUCGACACACGGCCAGCAAGUUGGGCGGAGGACACCUCCGCUCGAGCUCCGGCUCGUCGAGCAGCUCCACCAGCGACGACGACAGCAGCUCGAUGUCCCUGCCCGAGCACAUGGCCAACCGGUCGCACGAGGUGAGCAGCACCACCCGCUCGGACUCCAUUGAGUCGCGUCACUCCGGCGGAUACGAGCGGGCCAGGGCCAUAGCCGGAGCCCGGCGCAGCGAGAUGGACAUGCAGCGGGAUGUGCAGAGGACAGUCGAGGGAGUGCCGGAGGCCUUGCCGCCGCACAUCGACGUGCAGCCGCCCACGGAGGGCGGAGGGGGAGGGGGAGCGGGGUCCGGAGGAAGGCAGCAAUGGGCCGCCGGGGGCAGCAACUCGAUGCGCCUGCCGUCGCGCAGUCGGGCCUCCAACAGCAGCACUCUGACCAGCCUGCGGGACGAGCCGGACCAGCUGCUGGCCAGCCCCAGCAUGGAGUCCACCGACUGGCGGCACUUCAUCCGCUCGGAGUCGCAGAACUCCGUGCCGUCGUGGGCCUCCUCCAUCAGCCUGGACUGUCGGGCGGGCGAGGAGCCGGUCAAGGAGUUCAUGAAGCACUUCACAGCCCUGCUGUUCGGCGGAUCGCCGGCGUCCGUCGACCUGGAACUGAAGUCCGAAUUCGGGGUGCUGCUGCGGCUGGAGAUCGGCCGUCUGUGGUUCACCCGCUUCCUCACCGAGCAGCGGCACAAGUCCAAGCGGCUGGACUCGGUCACCUUCGGCGGUCUGGCCCAGUACUUCGCCCUGGCCCUCUUCGAGUGCAGCGAGUGCGAGGAUUACGGUCCGGCGGCGGUCCUGAUGAACCUCUGUUUCCUUUUCUACCACGAGGUCGAGGUGCCCGGCUGCGAUCCCUACCGCGAGUACCUGUUCUCCUCGCUGCGCCAGCAGCCCAUCUGGCAGCAGGCGCGCUUCUGGAACGCCAUCUUCCACGACGCCCUGCAGGCGGAGCGGGAGCACAAGGGUCAGAGCCAGCUGAGGCGCCAGCAGCGCCGCCAGCAGAAGCAGCUAGCCCAGCAGAACCAGCAAAACCAGCAGGGAGCGGAAGCACCAGCUUCCAAAUCGCAGCGAAAGCACGGCGGCGGUGACUCCUCGUCCAGCUCCUCGCACCAGGCGGUUCAACCUCAACCACCCACUCCGGCGACUCCGGCGACCACUGGCCCCAUUGCGGCCAACCGGAGGCAGAGCAAGACCAGCCUCACCCAGCCACAGUCGGUCAGGGAGCACGAGGACUUUGCAUUUCGACAGCUCGGAGCCUUGACGUGCAAUAUGCACUCGCUGGGUACAUCUCAAGAAUUGUGCCUAGACUUCCUUAAAAAAAACGUGGUGGCCCUCAACCUAUCCAAGGAUAAAGCCAAGCUGAUAAGAGACAAUAUCUAUCGGAUGUAUCAUGAGACACAACUUUGGGGAGCCCGACACGCCUGAGCAGUAACAAUUGAAAAAGUACCUAACGAAAUCGUGUUUCAAUCUUCGUCUCAACUAAAGCAAACUUUUGUUUAGGUCAGCCGACAACUCCAAACUAAUCCUUACCUAAAGUAGCAGAUCAAUGAAUUUUUCUCUGAAACCUGAUGUUUUUACUCGCGUUGUUGUAACCUUAAAGAUAUUACUGAGUUAGACAUUCUUGUAAGUGGGUUUGGUGUGCCCUGAAUCUUGCCGAUCAAUGAAUCAUAAAGCGAUAUAAUUAGAAGAUAUAAUUUUAAAGAUAUAAUUAAUGCAUUGAAAAACAAAUUUUAUUUGUAACCUAAAUUGGAAUUCAUUGGCCAAUCUUAUUGUUGAAGAGACUUAAAAUUUUAUGUUUUCUUCAUAGCUAAACAAAUUUGAAUCGCAUAUCAAAUUAUGCUUUAAAUCAAAGUCAGUUACAAGAAUAUCAGUACUCCGAAUCGUAGGUGGACAUUUAAGCAAAUACUGAUAUGUACAUGUAUCCACAAAUUGUGAUAAUAAUAUUUUGUGAUUACUUUAUAUAGACCUAUAUAUUUACGUGAACCGAAGUUAUGCAAUGCAAAUAGCUUAAAUAACGCAGAUUAAUUUGUUACAAAUCAAUAUCAAUAUCUAUGCUAUGUAUUUUAAUAAUGUAAGAAAUAAUAUUUCGCAAUUGUUUAAUACAUUCAAAUUAAUAAAAGU